AUGUUGCUGAGAGUUUUCGUGUGUGUAUUGCAAGCCAAGGACCUGCCCGUGAAGGACUCAUGUGUGAAGCUUAAACUUGGCAAGUUUAAGUGCAAAACUAGGACAUUGAGGAACACGUCUAACCCUGUUUGGAACAAAGAGUUUGGUUUCAAGGUGCAUGAUGCGAAGGACGUGCUUCUUGUGUCUGUUGCUAAUCAUAGUGAUGAGUGGAGGGUGAGCAAUGGUUGUGUGAAUUUUGUAGGUGAGGUACGGAUUCCGGUAGGUUCAGUAGCUUUUGAGGAUAAGCAAACCUUGCUGCCCACGUGGUUUUCUCUUGAAAGUCCCAGGAGUGGCAAAUUUUUCAAUAAAUUUUGUGGGAAAAUUCUCCUUACCAUUUCCCUUCAUGGUAAAGGCCGUGCUUCUUUUAUCAAUCAUAAGUAUUCUCCAAAUUCAAUUAGUGCAAUUGAGGACUCAAGAGAUUUGGAAGCUUUGCAUAUUUCAUCUCAGGCACAUUGUCGUAAAAUGGGUGAAGGCAAACACUUGUUAAAGGUUAUUGCUAAUCGUCUGGAUAGGAUUUUCAAUAAGAAAGGAAGCUCGAAACCUGUGGAUUUUUCAGAGCCAUCCAAUUCAUUAUCUGAUGAUGAAGAUAGUGUGCAGAAAAAUUCACCUCCUAGUAGCUUUGAAGAAGCCAUUGCACUAAUGGAGUCAAGAGAUAAGAAACCAGAAAUGCCUGAAAAUUUGCAGGGUGGUAUUCUAGUAGAUCAGUUUUAUGUAGUGUCUCCAAAUGACCUUAAUGUGUUUCUUUUUGCACCCAAUUCACAGUUUAGGAAAGAUUUGGAAGAACUACAAGGAACAACAAAUGUGCAAGAGGGGCCUUGGACAUGGAAACACGGAGACAUGUCAUGUUUAACAAGAGUUGUUUCUUAUACAAAAGCUGCUACAAAAUUAGUUAAGGCAGUUAAUGCCUUUGAGGAGCAAACCUACAUUAGAGUGUGCAAAAAGGAAUUUGCUAUACUUGUUAGUGUAAGAACACCAGAGGUCCCAUACGGAAAUACAUUUAGGACUGAAUUACUUUACAAGAUAAUGCCUGGAGGAGAGGCAUCUUGUGGAGAGGAAUGUUCCCACCUUGUUGUAUCAUGGGGCAUUGUCUUUCUCCAAAGCACAAUGAUGAAAGGCAUGAUAGAAGGUGGUGCAAGACAAGGAUUGAAGGAGAGUUUUAACAAGUUCUCCACCAAGCUUGCUCAGAAUUUUAAGGUGCUAGAUAUGCCAGAUUUGUCAGAAAAGGAACAUUUGUUGGCUACUUUGCAAACAGAAGACCAGUGGAAUUGGUGGCAGGCAAUUAAGUACUUUUGGAAUUUGACAGUGGUUUCUACCAUUUUUAUGUUUUUGUAUGUGUUGGUGCAUAUUUUAAGGUGUGGUCCAAGUCAACCUCAGGGCUUGGAAUUUAGGGGGAUUGAAUUGCCAGAUAGUUUUGGAGAGCUGAUUACAAGUGGAGUUUUGAUCAUCCAGUUGCAGCGUGUUUAUAAUAUGGUGUCUCACUUUGUGCAAGCUAGAUUUCAAAUGGGAACUGACCAUGGCCUCAAAGCUCAUGGUGAUGGAUGGGUUCUUACCGUGGCUUUAAUUGAGGGGGUUGACUUGGCCUCCUUGGAGUCAGAAGGGUUGUCAGAUCCCUAUGUGGUUUUCACCUGUAAUGGACAAAUAAGGUCAAGUUCUGUCAAGCUUCAAACAUCUGACCCUCAAUGGAACGAGAUAUUAGAGUUUGAUGCUAUGGAAGAACCACCAUCAGUUUUAGAUGUGGAAGUUUUUGAUUUUGAUGGUCCAUUUGACCAGGAUGUUUCACUCGGACAUGCUGAGAUCAAUUUCCUAAAGCACACAUCAACAGAACUGGCAGACAUGUGGAUCAUGCUUGAAGGAAAGCUGGCUCAGUCUUCUCAGUCAAAGUUGCAUUUGAGAAUUUUCUUGGACAAUAAUAAAGGAGUUGAAACAAUUAAGGAAUAUUUGGAGAAGAUGGAAAAGGAAGUUGGUAAAAAGUUGAAUCUUAGAUCACCUCAAAGGAAUUCUACAUUCCAGAAAUUGUUUGGGUUGCCUCCGGAAGAAUUUCUAAUCAAAGAUUUCACUUGUUAUCUGAAGAGAAAAAUGCCUUUACAGGGUCGUCUGUUUCUUUCAGCAAGGAUUCUGGGGUUUUAUGCCAAUCUGUUUGGACAUAAAACCAAGUUUUUCUUCCUUUGGGAAGAUAUUGAAGAAAUACAAGUGCUUCCUCCAUCAUUGGCAUCAGUAGGAAGCCCUACAUUGGUCAUAAUUCUGCGACAAGGACGAGGUCUUGAUGCAAGGCAUGGUGCAAAGACUCAAGAUGAACAAGGAAGACUUAGGUUUCAUUUUCAAUCAUUUGUUUCGUUUAGUGCUGCCUCCAGAACAAUAAAGGCCUUGUGGAGAACAAGAAUACUGAAUCCCUAUCAGAAAGAACAAAUUACAGAAGAGCAUGAAGAUCAAGAAGGCUUGGUAAUUCCAGAAGACUCUGGAUCUAUCCUAGAGGAUGAAGCAAAAAUGUCCAAAAUUUUCUCAGCAGAACUUCCAAUUAAGAUGAGAUCUGUGAUGGGAAUUUUUUAUGGAGGGAACCUGGAGCAUAAAAUUAUGCAGAGAACUGGAUGUUUGAAUUAUGAAACCACAGCAUGGGAACUAGUAAAGCCUGAUGUCUUUGAAAGGCGUGUUUCAUAUCAAUUCAAUCGGCACGUGUCAGCUUUUGGUGGUGAAGUUACAUGUACACAACAAAAGUUUCCAAAUGCAAACACUGGAGGUUGGACUGUGAUUGAAGUUAUGGCUCUUCACGGUGUCCCAUUUGCUGAUCACUUCCAUAUUCAUUUCAGGUUCGAAAUUGAGAAAUCCUCUCUUGGUGACUGUGCUUGCAAGUGUGAUGCUUACAUUGGUAUUAUGUGGCUUAAGAGCUCUAAGUUUCAGCAAAGGAUCAACCGGAACAUAACAGCCAAGUUUAGCUUUCGACUGAAGGAAAUAUUUGAAUUGGUUCAGAAAGAGAUUUUGUUAAUGUCUCAGAACUCACAUGGAUGA